GGUAUCGAAACGUCGGAAGCCCUCUUGGCCACACCAAAUAUGAUACUGUUGCUUUGCGCUCGUAUGAAGGUGCACCCUAGUGGCAGUAGCUGUUACGACUGUGGUAUCUGUGUGCCGGCCCGUGACGAAGUGCGAUGCAGAGGAUGAAUGGGCAAUGGGACCUGAGGACGCUUGGCGCUUCCAUUUCACACUCAUCCUUAAAGGUGCUCCCAUCACCGUACGCAUAGACACACACACACACAUACAUCCCACUAUGACCGACAUCAAGGACCUCAGCACUCUAAGACCGGCCAGUAGGGUGCUCAGGGAAAGGCGUGAAAGCACGCCGCCCGUCGGCGCCGAGACUGCUACUCCCGGCACGGGCACGGUGAAGCGUGGGCGAGGACGGCCGCGCGGGUCAGGACGAGGAGGGUUAGCACAAGGAGACACAGAGUCAGGUCCAGGGAGAGGACGGGGACGCGGACGGCCACGGGGAAGACCACGGGGAAGACCACCGCAGCGUCCCAGUACCAUAAGACUGGUGUUCAAGACGCGGGAACAGGAAGAACAGGAACGAGAGGCAAAGGAGCCUACGCCCGAGGAGAGAGUCAAGGGCGAGGGAGAGGAAGAGGCGGCGCAGGAGGAGGCCGUGGAGGAAAAGGAAGAGGAAUUAGAAUUGGAGAAGAACGAGGAGAAGCUGGUGCAAGAGGACGAGAGUAAGAAGGAGUGGGAACAAGAGCCGGAGCAGAUGGAGGUGGAGAAGGAAAACCUAGAGGAUAACGUCGACGACGAAAACGGGGAGAAUAACGUCGAGAAAAGCUUGGGGGAAUCCAUAAACCAGGAAGAGCAGGAGGCGGUAGAGGCACCACCACCACCACCGCCCGAGUACAACAGCGAAGUAGCCUCUCCCGAACCUGAGCCUGAAUUCGGAGCCGAACCUGAACCGCAGGCAGAGCCAGAGCCGGAAUCGGAACCGAAAUGGUUCGCGAAUUUGGUGCGGCCAUCACCAUCUCCGUAUUUUGGCCUAAACCUUGACCACGAUGAUGUGAAGGACAGCGCGUUCCUCACGACGUUGAAGACGCUGGUUUUCAUGAACAAUGUACCAAGUUUGCCGGAGGAGUGUGCUGAGGUCGUGCGAACGCAAAUGGCGUUCCUGUUCAUGGGCAUGGCCCCAAGCGUUGAGAAUCUGGACGGUCAGAAAGGUGUCGAUGAUGGUACACAAGCCCAGCUUCAAAGCGAGAUCGAGCAAAGCAUCGCUUCGCACAUUGCGCGACGAAAAGCAUUCCGCUGUCGCCCAUUACUGAAGCAACGACCGUUGUUCCGCCCAAACUCGACAACCGUAGUACCCGGGAAGUCGCUCUACUAUAUCGACGCUCCAGGCAUCCCCGUCGGGCAUAGGACCUACGAGCGCGUUGCACCCGCGCCAGACCCGCCCGACAACGAGGUCGAAAUGGCGUUCGACUCCUUCCCCGGUUCGCCGGCGAUCUCAAAUCCACUUGAGAUGAUGGACAUCUCACCAACCAGCACUCCCGACGCGUCCCGCAAACGCAAAAGAGCCGGUGCGGCCUCAACGUCCUCGGUAUCCCCAUUAACCUCCGAAUUGGAAUCUAUCGCCACCUCUACUCCGGACGAGUCGCCCGCGCGGUUACAGCUUAAGCUUUUGAGCGAAAGCCAGAGUCCGAUGCGGAAGCUUGAGCGAGUGAGCGAGACGCCAGACCCCGAAGGGAGGCGAAAAAGUGGGAGGGUUAGGCGCCGCGUUCAUUACGGAUAUGGAUAUUGAACUAGGUAUAGAGCAUGUAGCGAGAUCGUUCUUGUGUAUCUAGCGGCGAGAGAGUUUCUGAUGGAAUUUACUGCAUCGAGCGGCGUAGGAACCGGUGAAAUGACCGUUUCUUUCUUGUACAUACUUACGCUUUGCGUAUGGCA